AUGGUCGCCAGGCUUAGGGUCGAUAGCAUUGACAAAUUGGUUUAUGUGGCCAGUGCAUGGGAAAAAAACGUUAUCAACUACGCAUUACCUCUGAAGAACACUUGGAUUGUGUAUACGAUGAGGUUGCGACCGUUGCUGAAUCCGAUAUCCAGCGUUUUCUCCAGUGGACAGAUCACGGUCACUGCACAAUGUUUCGUGUGA